AUGGUGAUGACAGAGGCCUUGCUACCGAUCUCUUGGAUGCUGGAAUGCCGCAUCUAUCUGGACAAUCCAUCGGACUCGCGAUGGCUUUUGAAUCCGCGCGAUCCGGUGCUCCCACGCGUCUUCGCUGCGAUUCGACCUUUAGUCCUGCCCAAGUUGCGGGAGGAGAAUGAACGGCUAUGGUCGCGCAAGAAGGGCAAACCCGUAAAGGAUGUUAUUGCUGAGGAUGAAUUCGAAGUUGCCAUCUUCCUCCGCGAGUCGCGAACCCGUCAUGCCUUGUUGACCCGCAACAAGACUUUCCACGAUCCGGAUAGCAAGAAGAACAAGAAACUGAAAGCCGAACCUGGAGAGGAUUUGACGGGAGCCUCAGCUGGCUCGGCCCAGUCUGUCAGGGCAGAGGUCAUUCUCGACAGUGAUGAUAGUGAGGCUGAGGUCGAUUUGCGCGAAAUCCCCGAAGCAGGCGGAGAAGACAAUGGUCCAGAAACUGUCACAAUAUCAGACAUUGCAAUGGAAGCCCAGCCCGGAGAGGAGGCUGCGGGUGAUGAGAAGAAGCUGCGCUUUAGCACCCAUUACGAAAGCUUCAACAUUACAGGAUGGGUACUCUGCUUGCUCGUCACUCGUAAAGGGGACCGAAGCCAGGGUUGUACGGCUACAUCGGAUCCGAAACAGCCUCUUAUGGAGGAAUGGAUCUCCACACAGGCUCAGACAGGUCUGGGCGAGGACUGA